UUUUAUUAGUUACUAGUUUAUUUAGUAGUUUUUAAACCAACUUGUAUUUGUUUGUCUGUAAUUGCAGUGUUGACUCCUGCAGCACACACGAAUACUUACAUUAUACAGUUUUUACAGAGCUCUUUUCUUUUUUUUAACAUUAAGUUUUUUUGUUCUUCUGAUUUAUUUAGCUUUUCCUUCUAAUAUUGUUACUAUGCAUAAUUGUGGUUUUGAGUGAUGUGCUCCUGCCAGAUUGGAUCGUCUGGUGCUCAGCUUCACAUUAGACCUACAUAACCUCCUUCUACAAUGCCAUCUUUCUCUUUCGAUUUCACUCUUAACACUUACAACCCGGUACAUGCACACCCCCAUCCACAUUUCACCUCCAUGGUUCUCCACACACACUUUAACCACAUUAAGAGAAACAAAAGCCGCGGCUGCCUCUAAAACUUCACUUAAUAUGCACCUUCCCCUGCCGUUUGCCGACAUGGUAUCUCCUGAGAACAAGGAGUCACCUCCCCUCCCUAAUUCAGAUUUGUCUUCACUCCAAGGAAAUACAUUGUACCUUCGAAUCGAGUAAAAGAACUGAAGUUACUCUCUCAGCUGUAGAUACUUUUAGAAAGGUGCUUUUCUCUGAAGGAGGUUGGCGGAGAAACUUAGCCUGGCAAGUCAUGCCAAGAAUACUUCUGAAUCCCUGGGAGAGCCUCUGAACCCUCCUCCCCUCCUCCUUCCAAUGUUUCAGUGGUUGGGGCCAUGGCCUCUCAGUCAGGUGUCUUCUUCCUGAUGUGGAAUCGGAUCUUUAUCUGCUUCUCUUCAUCAGCCACAAGUGAAGGACAGAGUGUUCAGUUGCCAGUUAUGGAGCCAAUGGCAUUAAGCUGCAGGUCAUAAUGCAACAUGAACCGUGAGGACCGGAAUGUGCUCCGAAUGAAAGAAAGAGAAAGGAGAAAUCAAGAAAUUCAACAGGGAGGAGGAGGAGGAGGAGAGGCCUUUCCAGCGAAUUCCCCUCUCUUCCCUGAACCCUACAAAGUGUCCAGCAAAGAAGAUAAAUUGUCCAGCCGUAUCCAGAGCAUGCUGGGCAAUUACGACGAGAUGAAAGAACCCAUUGGUGACACACUUCCAAAGCUUGGCGGUAAACCUUCUAACAGCUCGUCUUCCUCUGAGGAAAAGUCAGGCCCACCUUUGUUUGGUGGUGAACAGCGUGGUAUUAGUGGUGGUGGCAGCAGCCAGAGCAGUAAGUGGACUCCAGUUGGCCCCCCAGCAGGUGGAUCUUCAUCACAGCCCCAGAAACGCUCAGGACUCCAGGUUGGGCACAGCAGCCAGCGUGGCAACGGGGGCAGUAGCAGCAGCAGCAGCAGCAGCAGCAGCAGUAGUAGCCAAAGACACGGAGGAGAAGUGCGGGAGAAGAAGUCAAGUAAACACAGUGGGGGAUCCGAGCACUCAAAGUCUCACACAUCAAGUCCGGCAAAGGGCUCGCUGAGCUCUAGCCACUCACGGAGCUCCCUGUCGACUGAGCAGCAUCACAGCAAGGAGCGCUACCGCUCCAAGUCCCCACGAGAGGCCAACUGGGACUCACCCUCGCGGGUUCACACCUCCUUCAGCAGUGGACAGCACUCGAGUCAGGCCUUUCCCCCAUCUCUCAUGUCCAAGUCCAGCUCCAUGCAACAGAAGCCCACAGCUUAUGUCCGGCCUAUGGACGGCCAGGAAACGGCAGAACCCAAGAGCUCGCAAGCAGAAAGCUACAGCGGACAGUCCCACAGCAACACCAUGGGAGAGAUGAAGUCCAACGGCAAGGCAUCGCUUUCCAAACUCAAGAUUCCCUCGCAGCCUGUGGAGGGACCCGGCGAUGCUAACUGUGUGGAUGAAAUUCUGAAGGAAAUGACUCAGUCGUGGCCCCCUCCGCUCACAGCCAUCCACACUCCCUGCAAAACGGAGCCCUCCAAGUUUCCAUUCCCUACGAAGGACUCUCACACUUUUCCAAGUGGACAUAAACGAGGCAGUUCUUCUAAGAGCUCUAGCAGCCACCAGCCCAAAGCUUGUGAGGACCCUCCAACGAUGCUGGAAGAUGACCUGAAGCUAAGCAGCAGCGAGGAUAGUGACGUAGAACAGGACUCUGCCAAAAAUGUCUCAAGGAACACAUCAGCAAGCAAUAACAGUGAAGAAGCAGAUCAAUCGAGGGACGAUUCCAGCAGUCACAGCGGCUCAGAGAGCAGCUCGGGUUCGGACAGCGAGAGCGAAAGCAGCACGACAGACAGCGAAGCCAACGAGCCCCCGCGGCCCACCUGUCCCGAACCUGAAGAAACCCCGGCAAACAAGUGGCAGCUGGACAACUGGUUCAAAAGGCCCAAACAAUUCUCCCCAGCCUCUCCAGUAGACAACAACAACGUUCCAACAAAGUGCAAGAAAGACGGACGAGAUAACGGCUCAGGACGUGGCUACAGUGGCCAGGGAGGGGGGACAAAAGACUCCGCGGCACCCACUCCAACCAGAGACUUACGGGCAGCACAGAAAGGUGCAGAGGGUGGCCGUGGGCGUCAGAAAUCCCCCGCCCAGAGCGAGGGCAGCACCAAUCCACGAAUCCGUGUUGGGAAAAAACAGCCGAAGAAGUCAGAGAAGCCGGUGGUGGAGGAACCCAAAGGAGGUCUAAGAGUGGAGAGUGAACCAGCUCCAGAGGUCCCGCCCCAUCGGCCCAAAGCUGCGACCAAGGGUUCCCGCAAACCCAGCAUCAAAAAAGAGCCCAAGUCGUCUCCUCGGCCCACGACCACCGCUGUCACGACCACUGCAGAUAAACGCAAGGCCAAGGCUCCCACCAAGACCUCCCAGAAGUCUCGAGAGUUUGUUGAUACGGACUCUUCUUCCUCAGACUCUGAGGGAAAUGACAGCAUCCCGUCUUCCUCCCAAACGCCCAGGUGCACAGACAGAAUCAGGACGCCUGUGUUUUCUUUGGAAGAGAAAGACCUUUUGUCUCCACUCAGUGACCCUGAGGAGCGCUACCCUGCAAGGCCGCCUCAGCAGCAGGUUUUACUAGUGAAGAUAGAUCUCACCUUGUUGUCCAGAGUCCCAGGACGGCCUUACAAGGAUCCAGCAGAGAUCAAAGUGGAGAGGGAAGACUCUCUAGACAGGGACAGCAAAGACUUCAGCAAGCAGAGCACAGACAAGAGCUCUAGCAAGGCCAAGAGAAAACACAAGAAUGAUGAAGACGGCACGAAACCCGAGAACAAGAGACGCAAGGUUGAGGAUAAGUCUCUAUCUCAUCAUAAAAAUAGCAGUAAAGAGUCUAAAAGGUCUUUGGAAAAGAAAGAGGAGCCGGUUCCUUCUCCGUCCAUGUCUGGACUGCAGCGGACGCCCAAGGCAGAGCAUCCUAGUCGGAAAAGGACAGUCAGCCAGUCCUCCACAUCUUUGUCCAGUGGGACAGGAAGUGGAAAGGAGGGCAGUCACAGCACUAAAGGCAGCUCCACCUCUAAACAUAGAAAAGGAGAGGACAAGGGACGUAGCACACGGGAUGGCAAGGAGAAAUCCUCAAAAGGUUGUGAUAACCAGCUGGCUGUGCCUCCCCUCUCCACGGAUGGCUCAAGGUCUCAGAGAUCCAAGCUGGUGUUUGAGGACAGAGUCCAUUCAGCAGAUCACUACUUACAGGAGGCUAAGAAACUGAAACACAAUGCAGAUGCACUGUCGGACCGUUUUGAGAAAGCCGUUUACUACCUGGAUGCUGUGGUGUCUUUUAUUGAAUGUGGUAAUGCACUGGAGAAAAGCGCCCAGGAGGCCAAGUCUCCCUUCCCCAUGUAUGCUGAAACAGUGGAGCUUAUCAAAUACACUAUGAAAUUAAAAAACUACAUGGCUCCAGAUGCUACGUCAGCAGACAAAAGGCUAGCUGUGCUUUGCCUGCGUUGCCAAUCCCUUCUCUACCUGCGGUUGUUCAAACUGAGGAAAGACAGUGCACUAAAAUACUCCAAAACACUUACAGAACACUUAAAGAAUUCUCUGAGCAACACCCAGGCUCCCUCUCCUGGAAUGGGAAAUAAGGCAGCAGGCAUGCCCUCUCCAGUGUCCCCCAAACUGUCCCCGGGCACCGCCAGUGGCUAUUCAUCAGUCGUCAGCAGCAGCAGCAGCACCAGCUCGUCUGUGAACAUACCUCAACGUAUCCACCAGAUGGCUGCCAGCUACGUCCAGGUCACCUCCAACUUCCUGUACGCCACUGAGGUCUGGGACCAAGCUGAGCAACUAUCCAAGGAGCAGAAAGACUUCUUCUUGGAGCUGGACAAGGUGAUGGGUCCUCUCAUCUUCAACACCAGCUCCAUGACAGAACUGGUGCAUUACACACGGCAGGGCCUCCACUGGCUGCGCCUGGAAGCAAAGCCCGUUCCCUAGCAAGGACUCGCUCCCUGCGCGCUGCUUCCACAAGCACACACCCACACACCUCGACCUCUUUUGUUCAGCAGCAUGUGCACAAGCACGGUCCACCUCUGGUCCUCCAUCGACGCAAACACAGAAGCGAUAAACUUCUCAGACAUGUCUCCAACACUGUGUUCAUUUUUCUACACCAGCUUGCCAAAAAACACUGAGCAAUUUAGAAAGGUGUCCUGCCUGCCACAGCACCACGUGGGGAGAAGCAUCAGUACUUCAACACGGGAAUAAAGAGCUUAUGGCCACGCUUAAUGGACCAGCAUUCCUACCACAUCCCAGAGGGCCAUGUUUUUAUCUCCUUGGCAUGGAAACGCUGAAUCCUUUAUGAUACAGACACUAAAAAUGAGGUUUGGUUUAUUGGCUACUUUGGCUUUUAAGAGUUUCUUUUACUUCACCAAAGUACCUCCCACAAACACCAAAGGUGCUUUAAAACGAAGGUUUCUCUUUAUAAUUUUUGUGCCUUGUAUGUGAGCUACAGGAAAACAUUCACGUAUCAUCUCUGGGUUUUUGUUUUGCUUAUCACGGUUGUCCUCGUGCAUCUUAACCUUUUGGCAUGUGAUGGAAGCUGGCAGCCUUUCAGUUUUAAACAAAAUCCCCUUGAAACAUUUAGGUGCAGAUGGUUUUGGCCACUACUUGUUAAGAUAAUGUUUUCGAGCAGUACUGGGUAACCUUGUAUUCCCAUCUGUGUGCAUGACAGAUAAACCCUCAUGACACAUAUUUUUAUAAAUGUUCUAUUUAUUACCGUAUUGGUUUUAACAGUGUAAUCUUUUAGAGUCAUGAACUUCUAGAAAAUGAAAUGUUGCCUCAUUGUUGGCGUUUGUUCAAACCACUAUGGUCUUGUUGCAUGUAUGGAGCAGCGUGACCCCUAUGGGCCACCAACGGGAGCAUUUUGACUCUUGCGCUUAAAUAAAACCCAUUUUAAUGUUCUCUCAAAGAGAUCUUCAGCUUCCUCGAAGCGCCACGAGGCAAGCCGCCUCCUGUGAAAUGUUUUUACACUUUUAAUUUGUUCAUGGAGACAUUUCCUCUGGAGACUCCCUUCCGGAUAGUGUUAUUCUGUCUUUGAUCCCUUGUGUUCUCAGUGUAUUUUCCCAAGGAACAGCAGGGAGUGUCUGAGUAUUGAUCUUAUUCACACAUACAAUGCAGUUAUUAUACAUCACAGAUUAUAAUAACGGCCCUAAUGACCACUAAUGUGACAGCAAAAUCAAAUUCAUCAGUUUAUAGCGGGAGACUCAUCAGUGAUGCAGGUUAGCAGUGUUGCAUAUAUAUAUACAUAUAUAUAUAUCUAUAAUUAUAUAUUUCAAUUUAGAAGUAUAACAGCUAAUAUAGAAUUUAUUUAUAUACCGAGCAGCUUUUUUUCCCUUUCUGGCCAAGCAGAAGUAUAAUUUCUUUUAAAACAGGGUUGAGCAGGACUUUCAAGAUGCAAAGUAUUUGUGUGUAGUCGUUUCUAUUUAAAACAAUAAUCAUACUUGUAUUACCAGUAGAUGAGAACGGAGUCAGGCUGAUGUGACUAUGGUUCAGCCGGCCGGGUUACAGAUGUAACAGUGUACACCAGCUGUGCAAGUAUGAACAUUACUGUUACUUAAAAUGAGCAGUUUAGGAAACAUUUCUGGUCUUAAGUAAUCGUCAGUGACAUCUUUUUUGUUUUAUGCCUCUUGUCUGAUAAAAGACGCUGGAAAAGAUCAAACUGAGGCCGAAUCAUAUUCAUGGAAGUUUCAGUUAAUCUGGUUCUAGCUGUUGGUAAAUGAACUUAACACUAAAAUGCCAGAAGGUGAAAUGACUUUGGUGGACAUCACUUUUCCGUUUCAAUUAACGUUCAUCUCAACACAACAAACCUGUAGGACUGCGAUUUGACCUCAGCUUGACCUUCUUUGUGUGUUUUCUUUUCUUGCCUGACUCCCUGGUCUUUAUUGUAGGAGGGGAUACUGUUAUUUCCUCUUGCACUUGAAACAUUAAAGUCAGAGGAGGUGUUAUUUUAAUCUAUGCAGGAUUUUUACACAACUGUUUUUGUGGGGGGUGGAAGACUUAAUUUUUUUUUUAACGCUUGGGAUUUUUUCCCUGCAUUUUUUUCCCCUGUCUCAGCGAGAAACCUGUUAUACUCAAGAGUCCAAUGCCUUUAGAUUUUGCAACUUUGUGUACUGGUUUAGUAUAAAUAUGUAUAUAGAUCUGUUUUUUAACCAAACACAGAUGGCUUGAGGCAUUUUGUACUUAACGCUGGAGGCCACUUUUCUCAUAGGAAUUCCUCUGUGGGUUUUGCCAGCCCAGUCAAUGUCUUCAUACACUGGUACACUUUGUAAGUACAGGUCCGCGCCUUGUAGUCAAAUGUACAAAUUUAGUAUUGGAAUAAUUUUUAGCUGUUUGCUACUUACACUUAUUUAUUUUUCUGCCCCUUUGCUUACAUUUUUUUCUAUUUUGCCUUUUUCUUGAAUACCAUUUUAUGAAGCAGGAAGAUGUAAAUGUACUGGGGUUGUUGAUGAGAUUUCCUUGUAAGUAAUUAAUAUUAAUUCUAACUUGAAAGAAUCCAGGGUAAGAAGUUCGUUUUUUUUUUUUUUUUUUUUUCUUCAGUAGGAAGAUGUUAACACUUGCAUGUUUCUAUUUAAAUACAAAUGUAUAAAUUGUAAAUAUAUCAUUUCUUUUAAGGGUGAAUUUCUACUACAGGAUGACAUUUUUAUUAAAUUUAAAAAUGCUGUAAAUACAUGUGAUAUAUUUUAUGCACAUUAUCUCCAUCCCACUGUGGACUUUUGUGUUCUCUUCUUCCUCACCGUUACAGAUGACAUCUCGUCUCUUAACGCUGUUUAUCAAAUUGAUUUCUGUCGUUCUCUUACUAUGCUCGUUCACUUCUGUCUUCUGCUUUACUGUCUCUCAGUAUCAUGUCGCCACAUAAUCAUUAAUGUCUCUUGAUCCAAGUGUGACUAUUUUGUCUUCUCUGUAUUUGGAGGCGUGUAUCGCUCAUGAAAUGUAUAUUUCUGAUUUCACGAGCAGGAUGGAAGGCGUGUACAGUCCUGUUAUGUAAAACCACGUCUUGUUUCUUCCUCACGAGAGAGAUGUAUUUACUGUGUCCCUUUGAAACAAUUGGUCCAACAUGUCUUUUUCAAACAGAGGUAUUUCUCUACACGUCAAACAGUUGUAGCAGUUUAUACAGUAAACAGUUAUGUCACACCUUUUAUCUACAAGUCGUCUCCGAUGUGAGACCAGCAGCAAACGCCAUGUACAAUAGUCUGAAAUCGAUUAGUUUUAAGAGAACUGAUGAUAGAGAUGCUAUAUAUGAUGGAUGCAAUACGAUUAAAGGUACUCAUCGAGUUUGACCUUCAAACUUAGGUUAUGUAAUUUAAAAGCAUUCUUGUGAAGUGAGUAUUAAUUGUGACUAAUGAGUCUGUCCUGAAUAUUCUUUGUAUUUUGCCGUAUUGAGAAUAAAAUAUAUAUAUAUGGA